UUGUUGUCUGAGAAAGGGGCGGAGUGUGCGGCUACAGCGAGGCUAGCCUGGGGAGCAGGUUCGGUUAUCCGGGAGAAUGAACCCUGAGAAACGGCUAAAACGGGAACCGGAGGAAGAGGAGGAGAUAGAGGAGGAAGUAAAACACGGCCGGCAUGAGCCUGAGGAUCGUCGUAGUAGGCAUUGCCCAUACCUGGACACAAUCAAUAGGAGCGUCUUGGAUUUUGAUUUCGAAAAGCUGUGUUCCAUUUCUCUUUCUCACAUCAAUGUAUAUGCCUGCCUGGUGUGUGGAAAAUACUUCCAGGGUCGAGGGUUGAAAUCUCAUGCUUAUAUACAUAGUGUUCAGUUCAGUCACCAUGUUUUCCUCAACUUGCACACGCUGAGGUUUUACUGCCUUCCGGAUAACUAUAAGAUCAUAGAUUCAUCUCUGGAAGAUAUUACGUAUGUGCUGAAACCAACGUUCACAAAAGCUCAAAUCACUAACUUGGACAAACAGGCCAAGCUUUCCCGAGCAUAUGAUGGCACCACUUACCUCCCAGGAAUUGUGGGGCUGAAUAACAUCAAAGCUAACGACUAUGCCAAUUCUGUAUUACAGGCUCUCUCCAAUGUUCCUCCUUUGAGAAAUUAUUUCCUUGAGGAGGAGAAUUACCGUAAUAUCCAGCGUCCCCCUGGGGACAUCAUGUUCCUUUUGGUGCAGAGAUUUGGGGAACUUAUGCGCAAAUUGUGGAACCCUAGGAAUUUUAAAGCUCACGUAUCCCCACAUGAAAUGUUACAGGCCGUAGUUCUUUGUAGCAAAAAGAAUUUCCAGAUCACAAAGCAAGGGGACGGAGUGGAUUUUUUGUCCUGGUUCCUAAAUGCUCUAAACUCUGCUCUUGGGGGCAACAAGAAAAAGAAAACUAUUGUAACCGAUGUCUUCCAAGGAUCCAUGAGGAUAUUCACCAAAAAGCUCCCACACCCAGAUUUGCCAGCAGAAGAGAAGGAACAGCUGCAGAACAACGAGGAAUAUCAGGAAACUAAGCUGGAGUCUCCCUUCAUGUACUUGACUUUGGACCUUCCUACUGCCCCCCUCUACAAGGAUGAGAAAGAACAGCUCAUUAUUCCACAGGUUCCUCUCUUCAGCAUCCUGGCCAAGUUCAACGGCAUAACUGAGAAGGAAUACAAGACCUAUAAAGAAAAUUUCCUCAAGCGUUUCCAGCUAACCAAGCUGCCUCCAUAUCUGAUCUUUUGCAUCAAGCGUUUUACGAAGAAUAACUUUUUUGUGGAGAAGAAUCCCACCAUUGUGAACUUUCCCAUCACGAAUGUGGAUCUUCGAGAAUACCUGGCAGAGGAAUUUCAAUCUGUGCACAAGAACACAACUUAUGACCUUAUUGCAAACGUAGUGCAUGAUGGGAAACCCAAUGAGGGAUCUUACCGUAUCCACGUAUUACACCACGGCACCGGGAAGUGGUAUGAGCUGCAGGAUUUGCAAGUGACUGACAUAUUGCCACAGAUGAUCACUUUAUCAGAGGCCUACAUACAGAUCUGGAAGAGAAGGGAAGAUGGAGAGAAGAACCAGCAGGGGGCGUGAUCAUAAACCGUUUUCAUAACAUGAUUGAAGUCCAUGUAGUAAAGAGAAAAUCGUUUUGAAGAACAUGAAGAGAAAUUGCUACGUGUGAAAUGUCUUUAUUAAUAAAGAGGCCACCUCUAGUCUCUAGAGGGUUAUUCUUUAAUUCAUUCGAAGGGUCUGUCAAAGUGGGUUAUGGCAGAUUAUCAUUUUAUAGACUUUCUAUCUGGGACUGUUUACUAUACACAGUGUCUUACGAUUUAUUGGUCCUUGUCAUCCUUAUGCGUGUCAUAGAAUCUGCUACCUAUAAGGUAGGACAAACAUUUCACUGCUACAACACUCUGCCAGACAUUGCUGUUUAGUACAAGUGUAUAUAUUCUGAAACCUCUGUGAAGUUUGUGUUAAAAGCCACAGGUCUUUGACUUUAACAGAUUAUAUUUUAUUAAACUUGUUUUGUCACAAGUUA